AUGUCUCAUGGCAAGAAGCACCUGGAAGGUGUUGUUGUUGAAGUAACUUGCAAGGAUGGUGACAAGAAAACCGUGAGUUAUGGUACUACUAAGAUCAACGGAAAAUUUAGUAUCACAGUUGAAGGAUUUGAAUAUCGCAAAUAUGGAGCAAAGAAACCUUAUGCAGAAUGCCAAAAGCCCAAGCCUACACCUGCUCCAUGCUACUAUAAAUCUCCUCUGCCUCCAUCACCAACUUAUGUUUAUAAGUCACCACCUGCUCCAUCACCAAAGUAUGUGUAUAAAUCACCACCUCCCCCAACCCUCACAUACGUUUAUAAGUCUCCGCCACCACCUGCUUACUAUUACAAAUCUCCUCCACCACCAACUAAGUCUACACCACCUCAUUAUUAUUACAAGUCUCCACCUUCACCAUCACCAAAACCUACACCAGCAUACUAUUACAAAUCUCCGCCUCCACCAACAAAGUCUCCACCACCUUCUUAUUACUACAUUUCUCCACCUCCACCAUCACCAAAACCUGCACCAAUAUAUUAUUAUAAAUCACCUCCUCCUCCAUCACCAUCUCCCCCUCAACCAUACUACUACAAAUCUCCACCAUCACCAUCACCUCCACCAACCUACUAUUACAAGUCCCCUCAUUCGCCAUCGCCAUCUCCACCCUCACCAUAUUAUUACAACUCACCACCACCACCAUCGCCAUCUCCUCCACCACAUUACUACUAUAAGUCUCCUCAUCCACCAUCGACAUCUCUUCCACCACCUCACUACUAA